CUCUGCGACAUCUUCCGCCGCCCAGGCAUGCUCUAAACACUGAUCACCGCCAUCCACUUCUCAGUUCUCAUACCCAUCCCUUCCUUACUCGUGUUUUCUCUCGAAAGCUGCAGAGUUUCUUCGAAGAACAAUGGAGGGAAAUAGUGAUGCUAUUCUAUUUAACAACCAUUUCCCCCAACCUUCGGUCAUAUUCUUCUCAAACUGGUGCACAGUUCCAUGUACAUGUGAAUACACAUUAACUUCAAAACGUUAGGUGCUUCCGUCGCAACCAAAUUCGGUGUUUUCUUGAUCUUUUUCCAGUUUGACCAUGAACCUCUCGAUUUUGGAGUCUCAUCUCCUUCACUGCCAGAAUUUCAAGUACUUCUCGCAGAUUCUAUCACAGAUGGUGUCCACUGGGUUCAUUAAAGACACUUAUGCCGCUAGCAGAAUUCUCAAGUUUUCAGCUGAUUCUCCCUUCAUCGGCAUCAAAUACACUGAAAUGAUAUUUGGUCACAUUGAAAAUCCGAAUUGUUUUUCGAUAAACACCAUGAUGAGAGUUUAUGUGCAUCAUUACUUGCCCCAAAAUUCAUUGUUUUUGUAUAAAUCAACAUUGAGAGAUAACUUGUACAUGGAUAAUUAUACGUACCCAAUUCUUUUUCAAGCUAGCGUUCUCCGGUGUUCAAUAUUUGAAGGUAGAGAGUUACACAGUCAUGUCUUCCAAAGGGGUUUCAGAUCAGAUGUCUAUGUUCAUAAUACUUUGAUUAACAUGUACGCUGUGUGUGGACAUAUUGGUGAUGCCAGGAAGGUAUUUGAUGAAAGUCUUGUGUGUGAUUCGGUUUCUUGGAAUUCAAUCUUGGCAGGGUAUGUUCAAGUGGGGAAUGUUGAGGAAGCAAUGCUAAUCUAUGAUCACAUGCCGGAGAAGAAUGUAAUCGCAUCGAACUCUAUGAUCGUGUUGUUAGGUAGGUGUGGCAUGGUGGUUGAGGCUUGUCGUUUGUUUAAUGAAAUGGUUGGCAACGAUUUGGUUUCCUGGACCGCAUUGAUUUCUUGCCAUGAGCAAAAUGGGUUUUAUAGAGAGGCUUGGGAUUGGUUCGUGCGCAUGACUUCCAUUGGGAUUACUAUAGAUGAAGUUGUGGCAGUCAGUGUGCUCUCAGCUUGCGCACAUUUAUUGAUUCUAGAGACCGGAAAAUCAGUACAUGGGAUGGUCACAAAGGUUGGUUUUGAAUCUUAUGUUAAUCUUCAAAAUGCUUUAAUUCAUAUGUACUCUUGUUGCAGUGACGUAAAUUCGGCACAAAACGUGUUUGAUACAAGUAUUCAUUUGAACCAAAUCUCUUGGAACUCAAUAAUUGCUUGUUAUGUGAAGUGUGGAUCAGUAGAAAAAGCCAAGGAGAUAUUUGAUUCUAUGCCUGAGAAAGAUCGUGUCUCGUGGACCACAAUCAUUUCUGGCUAUGCUCAACAUGAUCAGUUUAUAGAGACUUUAGCUUUAUUUCAGGAAAUGCUACAUGGACAGAUUGAGCCUGAUGAGAUAACUUUAGUUAGCGUGGUUUCAGCUUGUGCCCACCUUGCAGCAUUUGAACAAGGCAAAUGGAUUCAUGGGUAUAUAAGGCAAAAAGGCAUUAAGGUUAAUAACAUUCUAGGUACCACUCUUAUUGACAUGUACAUGAAAUGUGGAUGCACAGAGAAUGCAAUGGAGGUUUUCUAUGGAAUGGAAGACGCUGGCGUUUCUUCUUGGAAUGCUCUAAUUCUUGGAUUGGCCAUGAAUGGACAGGUACAAAGAUCUCUUGAAAUAUUUGAAGAGAUGAAGAAAUAUGGAGCAACUCCCAAUGAGGUAACCAUGCUUGCAGUUCUUGGUGUGUGCCGGCAUAUGGGUAUGGUGGAUGAGGGUCGUCAUUAUUUUGGUUCAAUGGUGAAGUUGUACAAUAUUGAACCUAAUUUGAAACACUAUGGGUGUAUGGUUGACUUACUUGGCCGUGCAGGACUGCUUAAAGAAGCUGAAAAGCUUAUUCAGAGCAUGCCUAUGGCUCCUGAUGUUCCCACCUGGGGCGCUUUGCUUGGAGCUUGCAAAAAGCAUGGCGACAGUGAAAUGGGAAAUCGGGUUGGUAGGAAACUUCUUGAGCUUCAGCCCUACCAUGAUGGUUUUCAUGUUAUAUUGUCCAACAUCUAUGCUUCAAAAGGAAACUGGGACAGUGCUCAUGAUGUUAGAGGUGUAAUGUCACAACAUGGCGUGUUCAAAACCCCAGGCUACAGUAUGAUUGAAGCUGAUUGUAUUGUUCAUGAAUCCUUUGCAAGCGACUAGUCUCACACUCGGAUCCAAUAAAAGAUGGAAGUCAUGAUUGGGAUAUUGGAUGUAAGGUGCAUAUAUUAUAUACUCUUGGUAUUGUUAGUAAAUUCGUGGAUGAAUUGAAGUCAACAUGAUGUGCUGAAUUUAAAAUGGUGUUCGACAGUUUGAGGGGAAAGGUAAUGGCGAGAGCAGUGAUUGUUGGCGUCCUGUCUUUGUUCAAGAACAUCUCCACCUUCUUUGACAGAUACAUCAAGUUUCCAACCGACUAGCCGGUAUCCGCAGCUUCAAUAAUUCGACCCGCGGCGCUAAUAUUUAUUUCGACGAGGGCAGUGGUGAUUUAUCCGUGAGGUUCUUCGAGGGCGGCGUCGCGGCGGCGGCGACUCACAUGCGAUGAACUGGGUCAACGAAGCAUGUCAGAUCGAAGGAUCUUUAGGCGUUGAUUUUUCUUCUGAGUCGGUGCCCCCUUCGUUUGCCCGUCUUCUCUAAAAGGAGUCUGUCCAUGGAGAAGGAUUGAGACACCAUUCAUGAAGAUAGUUGUGCUUUGUAUUGGAAUUUGGGAGAGAAAGUGAUAGUACGGUGGUAAGAGAAGGUGGGUGGAAAUGAUGAUGGGUGGUGCGAAAGAUUAAAAGGCAGGAGGGCAAACUUGUCACUUUAGCUGUAUUGUUAUACUUAAAAUGGAAAGUGGAAAUUCAUUUUGGGACAACCAAAAAAGGAAAUUUUGCAAAACAAAUUGGGACGGAGGGAGUAUCAUUCUGUUACUAUUAUUAUUGUACCAAUAUGCCCGGUUCUUCUCAUAUCUCCCCCCAUAGACAACCACCUUGUCCUCAAGGUGGGUGAUAGGAAACAACCCUAACCAUCAUCUUCAUCCUUGCGCCUCUACCUUCCUAGUAUCUCACUGGUAGUUGGAAUUUGAUUUUUAGUACUUGAACCUUCAUCAUCACUUCCUCAGACCAGCAUAUCUCUAAGGUCUUCACUCUUCACAGCCUUUUCAUAGAUCUCAUUGUUGUCCUGAAUCUGGAAAUUUGCAGUCUUGUCUAGUUCUUGAUAAUCAUCAACCAUCUGUGCAUAUAACUUGACCCCCACUAUUCAAGGCAUAUAGUAACAAUUCUUGGAUCUUGACAGAACAAGAGAUCAUAGAGCAUCUUAAUGCAGCCUUUAUUUGCCAAGUACCUAAUUUGAUCAUUCGCACACUUUAUCUGUCUACACAGACAAUUUUGUCGUGUACAGGCAACUUGACCUGCGUAGACAAACAAAAUGUGUGAAUAGUGUACACCAAGCAUUUCAGAAUGAUCAUGUGACAUUCAUUUUUAUUGGUCUAGCGCUAGAUGAGUCAUAUUUGCUUAAUAUACUUCUUUGUUAUCAAUGAUAACUUUUUAAAGCUCUUAGAAUUAGACAACAUUUAAUUCUAAGACAUAUUUUGAUGAAUUGUAAAUCUUAUGAGAAUUGAAGGCGCUUUGGAAUGGGAGAGAAACUUUUAUCAAGUUGUAUCACUUGUAUGUAGUGUUACUGUGUUAUCAUGUCAAGUUUUAUUGUUUCUUUAAUAAUGCAUCAUAUCAUCAUUCUUCUCAAUUUUGCUUUUUAUAAUUAUAAAAUACAAUCUUAGUUCUUCACACAAAUUGGCAGUGUUCUAGAAAUAGAAAAUCCAUUGAAAUGAAUAUGGCCCGGGCCGAAUCUUAAUCUCAAUCAAAAUCCAUGCAUUUUAAGGGUUUAUAAAAUAGAACAACAAAAUCAUACCAUAAAAUAUAAUUGUAUAUUUUAUUCAAUAUAGCUAAGUUAACUAAUAUUCCGUUCAAUAAGUUAUAAAUUACUAAAUAUAUUUUGGUUGUACACGUAAACUGCAAUUUAUAAUUACUACCAAUUUUUUUAAAAAUAAAAUGCAUCCUUAAAAAAAUGCAAAUUCAAAAAAUGCACUUCCUUCGCCGACCUGAAACAAAAAACCAAUUUUGAUGUCAAUGUUACAUCCAUAAGACCCUAACCACUUAUUCACUACUUUCCUCACCCAUUCAUUUCCAGACUCCUGUCGACGGUUUGAUGUUUAUUUCACAGAGUAUGUAGUCUAGAUAUAUGCUUCAAAAUAGGUAUUGUUUCCAAUUGAUACCCAUAUUUUAUGCCAAUAUUCUAUCCAAUUCACAUUUAGAAGCCGGCUGAUAGGUAUCGGAACAAUCACAGAAGAUAAUAGGAAAAAAUUUAUUAACGUUUAAUGAAGGAAGACAUAAAAACAACGUAAGAAAAGGUUGAGACUCUUCCAGUGGCCUCACACUCCCAAUUUCCCAAUCCCAGAUCCCAAGUUCUCCCUGCAUUAUUCUUUCCCCUACCCCCUUUUAUAAUAAAACUAAAGGGCCGGCCCUCACUUAAAUUAUUGGGCCUAGAACCCUAUUAUUGAAAAACAUUAAAAUAGUUAAUAGACUCUUAUUAUUUGUAGUGCCCGAGUCCCUAUCAUCACUCCCCCUGAACUUCCACCUUGUCCUCAAGGUGGGGAGUAAGAAAAAACCAUGCCAUUCAACUUCAGCCUCG